AUGUCCCCUGCUCCUCUUCCUGUUUCGUCGCCACAACCGUCGGUGCCGUCUGGCUGGUCCGGCAUGGCGGCUGUGCACGCGGCCGUGUUGACGGCGACUCCGAUCUCCUCCGUGUCGUCGACGUCGGAGCGCUUCUCUUCUCCGCGUCCGCGAGCGAAGUCCACGCACGGGUUGGUGUCCUCGCAGGUCCGCUCACGAGGCAGUGCGCUCUUGUCGUCUCCGGAUGCGGUUGCUGUCGCGGCAGAAACACCAGAGCGUGCGCAGACGCCUUUGGCAAUGACAGGGUGGCGAUCGCCUGCGGCCUCCUCGCCGCACGCACCGCCGCGCGACGUGUCCGUGUCCUCUUCUCCCUCGGCCCACUCCGUUGUCAACCGCACCCGGCUGUCCCAGCAGCAGUAUGACGAGGCAGCCGCCGACGUGUUUCACUCGGACUCGAAGAGUUUCCUGGACGAUGCCGCCUCGCCGACCUUUGUGCAGCAGCAGCAGCAGCACAUGCGGUCUCAUUCACUCAAGCAGGGCGAUGAGAGUCCAGAGGUGCGGCAGCCAUCGCCACGCCGCCCCAUGCACUUUGAGUUUUCUGAUCCGCACGGUAUCGCUCAAGAUGCUGCGUCGUUGCCACAGGAGGAGCACUUACCGUUUACUUCACCGUCCUCGCCACGGCCGCUGCCGUCACCGCCGCCCCACCGCAUUCGUGUGUGGGCGACGACUGCAGGGAAGGAUGCGGAGGCACCGCAGGAGACCACUCCACCGCUGUGGCGUCGCAUGAAGGAGGAAGCGUCGCUGCAGCAACAGCAGAUGCCGUCCCCCAUCGCCGGUGCCUCUGACUUGUUUGGAACGCCAGCGGAGGCCUCUUGGAUCGAUUCGUGA